AAUUCACUCAAAUUCUGAAAUUAUACUGAGUUUCAGCAGCAGCGACUGCUGAUGAUGUCCCCGUAGCCUACAUUGUCGGUGUAAAUCUGGGCAGCUAUGAGUAGAACUAUCGACGCUGUUGUGUCCCUGACCCAAACAAAUACAAUACCUGCCGACAUCUCCGGACAGAUGUUAGAUCUAGACGAGGACGACGAUUUAGAAGUUUUCAGCAAGGAUUCGACUCUUGCAGACGGGAAUAUGUUCAACGCCUCAAUGCAYACAUCCCCAGGCUCCAUGGUCAACCAGUGUAAGUUUGAGGAGGACGAGGAGGGUGACUCUAAAGACAUCUUCAUUACUGUGGACAACCCAGAGAGUCAUGUGACUGCCAUUGAGACCUUCAUCACCUACAGAGUUCUGACCAAGACCACACGGAGUGAGUUUGACAACUCUGAGUACGAAGUCCGCAGGCGCUACCAAGACUUCCUCUGGCUCAAAGGGAAACUGGAGGAGGCCCACUCAACUCUCAUUGUUCAUCCUCUGCCAGAGAAGUUUGUGGUGAAGGGGAUGGUGGAGAGGUUCAAUGGUGAUUUCAUCGCGACACGGAGGAAAGCUCUCCACAAGUUCCUUAAUCGUAUUGCUGAUCACCCCAUUCUGUCCUGCAGCGAAGACUUCAAAGUCUUCCUUAGUGCUCAGGCCUGGGAGCUGACAACCUAUAAGAAGCAAGGACCGGGGUUCCUGAGCAGGAUGGGGGAAACGGUGCGAGCGGUGGCUAACUCAGUCAGAGGGGUGAAGAACCGGCCAGAGGAGUUCACCGCCAUCCAGGAGUACGUAGAGGAUUUCAGCAACAAGAUCAGCUCCCUGGACAAAGUCACCCAGAGGAUCGUCAAAGAACAGAAAGAGUACCUGGAGGAGCUAAAGGAGUACGGGCCCACCUACACCCUGUGGUCGGGCUCGGAGGAGGAGCUAGCAGAGCAGUUAAAAGGUGUAGCCGGCUGCAUAGAGAGGUGCUGUAAAGAGACAGAGGAACAGGUCGGCCAUCUCUCAGACACCCUGGUGCCUGUUUUACACGAGUAUGUCCUGUGUGCUGAGACACUCAAGGCAGUAUUGAGACGGAGGGAUAACAUUCAGGCUGAAUUUGAGGCCAAGAAUGAAACUCUGGCCACCAAGAAAGUUGACAGAGAUGCAGAGUCUAGUGAUCUAGGUUUUGUGUGGGGGAGCCUGCUGGGUAAAAACCCUGAAGAAGCCAGACAUCAGAGGCAGGAGAGACUUGAUGGGGAGAUUGAAGAGCUGAAGGAGGAGAUUGAUAAACUGGAGGACCGUGUGGAAUGGGCCAACAACGCUCUGAAGGGGGACUGGGGCCGAUGGCAGAGGAGCAUGAGAGGAGACCUCAAAUCAGCCUUCUUCUCCACCGCAGAGAAGAACGUAGACUACUACGAGAAGUGUCUGGCAGUGUGGGAGACCUUCCUUCUCUCCCAGAGAACAGAACCCAGCGAGGAGACUGACAGAGACAACACCCCCUAACCCCCACGAUGCACUUCUUCUCUAUUACACAACCCUCUGCCCACCACCCCCUAUCCAGAGGGCACAGCCAAAGACAUCUUCCAGCACAACCUGGAGGACUCCUGGAAUUUAACCCUAAUCAUUCCAAUGAAGCUUCACUUUAAAGUCACUUUAGCACAGACUGUGAUAAAUCUGAGAGAUCUUUAAAUAUGCAUGAUCAGCCAGCCGCUGCCUUAGGGCUUCUGUAUGUACAGCCCUGGAUCUGAGGGGUAGAUAUACUGAAUACACUGAUGGAUCCACCAUGAUUUUCACAGCAAUACGAUGACAUACUUUACUUGUUUACCUGUUUUACAAUGACUCACUAUGGUAUUUUGAUAACAGAAAAUAAACUAGAGUGCCACAUUUUUGUUUUUUACUAUACACAUUUUUCUCUUUGUAAAGCUUUAAAUUGGGUUUUUAAGAUGUUGGCAUAAUAAAAUGGAUUGCUACAUUGUG